AUGACAGGAAUUUCAACUAAUGCAAUCCACGCAAGCGAUGAAGUAAAUCCUGUGCGUGAUGUUAUACCACCAAUUAACGUUUCAACAACGUACAAAUACGCUGAUAAUCCAGACGAUUUGGUGAAAUGGUCGGACAUGCCAGAAGAAAGUUCGAUUAUAGGAAAUAUUUUCUAUUCUAGAAUUACGCAUCCCAAUUCGGAGAGGGUGGAGAAAGCAUUAGAGAGUAUUGUUGGAGGGCCAUCUGUGGCUUAUUCGUCAGGGUUGGGGGCGUUUUUUGCUGCGUUGACGUAUUUUAACCCAAGCAUCGUUUGCAUUGGAAAGGGGUAUCAUGGGUGUCACAGCAUAAUUGAUAUAUUCACCCGUCUUAAGGGAUUGAAGGUAAUUGGAUUGGAUGACGAUUUGGAUCAAUUGAAUGCGGGAGACCUUAUAUGUUUAGAAACCCCUGUUAAUCCUGAUGGAACUGUGUUUGACAUCGAGUAUUUUGCUCAGAAGGCGCACAAAAAAGGGGCAUUCUUGCUAAUAGAUUCGACGUUUGCACCUCCUCCAUUGCAGGAUCCAUUCAAAUGGGGUGCAGAUAUGGUUUUACAUUCAGCAACAAAAUAUCUUGGUGGUCAUAGUGAUUUAUUAGCAGGAGUUCUUGUAACAAAUGAUGAUAAGGUUAAGAAUCAGUUAGUCACGGAUCGCCUUGCUUUGGGAACAAACAUUGCUAAUUUAGAAAGUUAUUUACUAUUAAGAAGUUUAAGAACCUUUGAACUAAGAAUAACGAGACAGGCAGAGAAUACUGAAAAGCUUGUGAAACAUUUGGUAAAGAAUCGUGAUAGUUAUCCUAAAUUGAAGAAAAUUUACCAUUCUUCUUUGCAAACAGAGGCAUUUGUUAAAAAGCAGUUACCGAACGGAUAUUCGCCGGUCUUUUGCAUUGAACUAGACAAUGAAUCGAGUGCAAAAGAAUUUCCUUCGAAAUUGCGCUAUUUUCAUCAUGCAACUUCAUUAGGCGGGGUAGAAAGUUUGAUAGAAUGGAGAGUUCUCAGUGAUUCCACUGUUAGUCCAACAUUGUUAAGAGUUAGUGUUGGUGCGGAGAAUGCAGAUGACCUAAUUGCAGAUUUUGACGAAGCUUUGAGAUCUUAA